AUUCUUCGACCACCAUUAUAUAUGCACAUACAUAAAUAACCAGGUUUGAUUCGCUUUGCCAAACGGUCUAACUGUUGCCUACUUUCUUCAACAUGACUAAUGUGGUGGAAUUGAGAGUGGGUUUGCACUGUGAUCAGUGCAUAAAGAAGAUCUUGAAGGCCAUCAAGAAGAUAGAAGAUAUUGAGAGCUAUGAUGUGGACACUCAGGUGAACAAAGUCAUAGUGACAGGGAAUGUCACAACAGAACAAGUCAUCAGAGUUCUACAAAAGAUUGGCAAGUCUGCAACCACUUGGGAGGAAGAGGAAGACAAGCUCAACUGUUGAGUUUUGUGAGUUACAAGUAGAGACUUGUCAAGACAUACUUAUUAUGCAUGUCACUUUUUGUUCAAAUCUGUAUUUUUAGUCUCUAUUUAAGCUACUGAUAUGAGUUUAGAGAUUCUGAUGCGAGUGUUUAUAUAUUUUUUAAGGUAAAUAAAUAUAUGUAGUUGAAAUUUACAAAUUAA